UUCCGAGGCGUCGUCUCCCUGCGUCGCCCUCCUCGGCGCGCGACUUUUUUCGAUACAAAAAUAAGCAAAACCAUUGCUUCAAAAAAUUCUCCCCACGACGCGCGCAACGCGCGUCUUUCCGCUGUGUGAAUGAACCUUGAGUCCCAGGGGUCCCAGGGCACGUUCCAAGCCGCAGCUUGGAGAUUUUUUCGUGGUGUGCUCGAGACGUUUGCAUCGACUGACGAUGUGCUCGAUUGUCUCUUCUUCUCUGCAAAGUCGACAGAUUGGGUCAUCCCCGUACAGCUCACACCUUCGCCUUUGGGUCAGGAGGCAGUAACACCAGCUAGAGGGCGCAGGCUACCGACCAAUGAAUCAAACCGCCGAGAUCGAGGACGUCGAGAAAUGUAAGGGAGAGCGAAACUGUGGAGGGAACGGUUUUUGAGGAAGGGCGGAAGGACAUUACCAUUUUGGCAGAUCACGAAUGUUAGGCCUAACGCGAACUGCGACAAAGCUGUUUGCGACGAGAGGAACGCUGCAAGUAAAAAUAGACCAAACAUAUCCGCACAUCUUUCCCGCCUCCCCCGUGCUUCGUAGAGCCCUUGCCAAACCUAACCUGCCGCGCCAAGUGAGCGAGCGAGCGAGUGAUUGUGUGAAAUAGUUUAGGUGAGCCAUCCGCGCGCCAUUAUUCGUCCGGCCGUUGACGUCUCCGACCAGUGGCACAGUGGCGCUGCUGCUACCGCCGUGCCCGCCGUGCUGCGUAGUCAGCUUGCCGGGGUCGAAACCCGUCGAAAGUGACGUAAAAGCCCCCCGGUGGUCCGAGUCUUCCCAACUGCCGUCCAGCCUAACGCCGUGGGAAGAUGCCCGCUGGAGACCCGCAAGGUUGACCUGGGACACCAGAGACGGGUCGGUCACCGGACAAUCGGCUGUUCCUGCGGAUCGAGGCAAGCGUGUCGCCUCUUCCUUUCUCAGCGUCGCCUAUGAUUGAAGGUGCUCAGGGUUUCGCUCCUUUGAAUCGGGAGACGUUUCCUGUGCAACGCCCUGAUACGGGAGCAUGUUCCGAGUGCUCGAGGGUCCAGACGGCGUCACUCGAAUCUACAGGGCUUCUACCAACGAGCUUGUGUGCUGUGUGAAGGAAAACGCGAACGGUGGUCGUGCAGUGCUCGCGCCAAAGAGUCACAAUGUCUCGCCGUCGAACCCACAACACAGACGUCGCGCCGGCAGCGUGGGCUCGCCGUGCAGUCGAGGGACACCGACCAAACCCCAUGUUGGGCGCCCCGACACCUGCUGCCCCGUGCCCCGAACUAAGGCCUCCUUUCUGCGUCAGCUAGAACUAGAGCCCGUGUUGCCCGCUCCCCGGGCCGUGCUUGAGCGACUCCCCGCCACCUGCGACAAGGGCGCCUGGGAGGGUGCCCAGGCGUCCGUCGAGCGCUACAGCAAGUACUGCGCCACCCGUGGCCGUCUCGCGGGCCCAAUGCCCGGUCCGUUUCCCGUCAUACACCGCUACCAGAGGCACCAGAAGAACCUGAGCCAUGUGUACACCUUUAGCCGUGCACAACGGUUGGCCCGGGGACGUUCUCUGGCCACCGGCCUGAGUGUGAGGACGCUGGCACUGCUGGACCGCUGCAAGAGGGCCACGGUGGACGUGCCCCGGCUCACCCCGGCCGAGGUGGCCCUGUGGACUAAGGGUCGGCUACGGCUGAACCGGACUCCGCUGCGUGAGCUGCCCGGGUUCAUGCGGCCGCUGACCUGCCUGCUUUUGAACCUGGGACCAAACAAUGGUGCACGGAAGCUGCCGUGCAGGCUCAAGUACGACACCCCUGACCGGAAGGGCCCUGUGUUGCGUUCGCCCGCAAAGCUGUCCCUUUACUGACAACUAGUGCCCUAUUAACGUGUCACACAGCUUUCUUUUAUGACAAAUGAAUCACCUUGUUGGUGCCCCAGAGAUUGGGGCUGCUUUUAAUGAAGGUUCUGUGUGCUGUGUUGUUGAUGUCACGUGGAGCCUGAGCCCUCGUGCGGCAGCCAGGUCGCGCAGGUCGCUUGGUACGGGGUUGACCCUGGGCCCGUGCCAGCGGUGCACGGAAGCCCCAUGCACGAGCACCAGGGUCCCGGGCGCCGCCAUGAGGCGGAUGUGUUGGAGCGCACAG